GUGGAGUUUAGAGGAAGCGGAAGUGUCAGCGCAAGCGGAAGUGGUACUGCCCUGAAUACCCCGAGCAGCGAAACGGAGGACAGCUUGAUACUCCCAUCGUUAACAGACACAAAUCAGGACUCGAAAUAUAUUCCAAUUUGCAUCAUGGACAAGAGUGACCUAGUGCAGAAGGCAAAGCUCGCUGAGCAGGCCGAGCGCUAUGAUGACAUGGCUGCGUCUAUGAAGGCCGUGACGGAGGGCGGUGUUGAGCUUUCCAAUGAAGAGCGCAACCUGCUCUCCGUGGCCUACAAGAAUGUGGUAGGCGCCCGCCGCUCGUCCUGGCGUGUGAUCUCCAGCAUUGAGCAGAAAACUGAAGGCAACGAGAAGAAACAGCAGAUGGCACGCGAAUACCGUGAGAAAAUCGAAGCCGAGCUUCAGGAAAUCUGCAACGACGUGCUGGGUCUCCUGGAGAAGUACCUCAUUCCCAACGCUAGCCAGGCAGAGAGCAAAGUCUUCUACCUGAAAAUGAAAGGAGAUUAUUACAGAUACCUGUCCGAGGUGGCAUCCGGGGACUCAAAGAGAACCACAGUGGAGAACUCUCAGAAGGCCUACCAGGAUGCAUUUGAGAUCAGCAAGAAGGAAAUGCAGCCAACACACCCCAUCAGGCUGGGACUAGCGCUGAACUUCUCCGUCUUUUACUAUGAAAUCCUCAACACCCCAGAGCAGGCCUGCAGUUUGGCAAAGACGGCUUUCGAUGAGGCAAUUGCUGAGCUGGACACCUUGAAUGAGGACUCUUACAAAGACAGCACCCUCAUCAUGCAGUUACUAAGGGACAACCUCACUCUGUGGACAUCAGAAAACCAGGGUGACGAGGGGGAUGCUGGCGAGGGCGAGAACUAAAGGCGUUGCACUUCACUGUUAAAUCCACCUACACUCUUUAUCUUACACAUAUACAGCCCAUAAUUCCCUGCUCCAUCCAAUCCACCUCACCUUUAUCCACCUUUCUGUAUGACGAGCAGCAUGAAUUGUACCUGACCUACAAGUUUGUACCCCUGAGGCCACGAGCGGAAGGGCAAAGUUUGGUUUCUCUGACUUGUCUCAAACAUGUCUGUUUGUGUAUUUCCCCCCCAGACGAGGGAAAAAUGGUUGAAUAGUGGAGACGAUUUCCAUCCUUCCCUCCCCUUCCUAAAAAAAACCCUCCUAACAUUUUUAAAAGGUAUAUGUUCUCUGGUCCUAGCAGGUUAUAAUGCAUUAUAGUGUCCCCUCCUUUUCCCAUACCUCCCUUUUCUGUCUUUUUCUCUCCAAUAGUGUACUGGCGAUUGCUGGUUUUAUUCAAAAGGUUAUUAAACUGUCCAUUAAUUUAACAAA